GGACUUUCCGGAUUUUACUGUUAACGGGAUGAAACAUUGUGCCGGAAACGCGGGAAGGAAAACUAAGUUUGACAAACAGAAGCGAUGAUCUCAAAUACAAGUGAUGAUCUCAAAUACCACAUUGUCACAGUGUAGUUGUGGUAAAGUGAAGGUCAACAUUUAAUUUCCCCACGAUGAGUGAGUUCAAGGUGCACCACCAUGUCAGCGAAUUGAUGAACCUCCUAGGGGUUCGUUCCACUGACUCUGUGGGUGCUGAGGUCUACACAGAGAUGCUGCUGAAGAAUACUACACCCUACAUCACAACACAGGUUUCAGCGCAUCAUGCAAAGAGGAAGAUUGCAGAGUCAACACAAACUCCCAUCGAGUUCUUUGCGAAAUAUGACGACAUGAAGUCAAGAAAUGUUCGAGAUCUGGAUGCACUUGUGUAUUUCUUUGCCAAGUUGUGCGAAGAAGAACAGACCAAAGAGUUCCUGGCAAAGAACGCCCGAGACAAAGCAGAUGCUGCAGGAAUGACCCUGUUGCCUCAUGGGAAGAUUACGUCUCAGCUGCCAGCCCCCGGAACCAAGAUGACGGAACAGGAGCUGUCUGAGAUUAAGGACAAGUUGCUGAAAGAAGCCAAGGCAGUGUCGGCAACAACAUCGUCUGAAUUCCUGAGGAAAGCUAUUCGAGAAAAACAAAUGAAGAGAAAUGUCAACAUUCCACUGCAGCCAGAGUGGCUGUUUCAGAGGCCGUCUUUGACCUUGGACUUCAUGGUGGGAGUGGAUGGACCCACUGAUCACAAUAUCGUAGCUCUGGGAACUUUGCCAGUAGCACUUCAGGAACAAGCCAUCUUGGAUGAUAUCCUGUGUUGUAUGCAGGGCAUAGAGGGAAAGUAUAUCCUAGCCCGAGCCCUCACAGAGAGAUAUGCUCCAAAAGAGUUCAUGAUAGACCAGAGUCUAGACCCAUCCCUGCAGGAGUUGGUGAAGCGGGUGCUGCCCAUGUGUUCCAACUAUUCCACUGUUGUCAGGUUUAUAGAAGAGAAAGCUGCAUUUGAGUACGGUCUAGUCAACCACGCCUUGAGUGCGGCCAUGCGGACAUUGAUCAAGGACUAUAUGGUGCUUGUAGCUCAGCUGGAACACCAGUACAGUCCUUGUAUGCUGGGCACGCUGACCCUCCAGAAACUCUGGUUCUACAUCCAGCCGACGCUGAGGACCCUGGAGAUCCUGGCAUCUGUUUCCAACUCCAUCAACAGGGGCGAGUGUAUUGGAGGCGCCGUGCUCAGUCUGCUGCAUGAGAAGACGUCCACUCUCAUCGGUGAUGCUAAAAGUCAGGAGCUCUGCCUCUACCUAACACAGUCGGCUUGUGUUCCGUACUUCGAGAUCUUGGAGAAAUGGAUCUACAAAGGCAUUAUAUCAGACCCUUACUCUGAGUUUCUGGUGGAGGAGAAUGAGACGAUUCAGAAGGAGAAGCUCCAGGAGGAGUACAACGAUGCCUAUUGGGAGCAGCACUACACCAUCUGUAGAGAGAGGAUCCCUGUGUUCCUGGAGCAGAUGGCCGACAAGAUCCUCAACACGGGAAAGUACCUCAACGUCGUCCGACUCUGUGCCCGUGAUGUGAAGUGUCCGUAUGCCGAGGAGAUUGUGUACACCUUGAAGGAGAGGAAGUACUACGACCAGAUAGAUAAAGCGUACCACUAUGCUAGUCGUCUGCUGCUCGACCUCCUCAUGGAGGAGAAAGAACUCAUGGCACGCAUCAGGUCAAUAAAGCACUACUUUCUGCUGGACAAGGGAGACUUCAUGGUUCAAUUCAUGGACAUGACGGAGGAGGAGAUGAAGCAGAACAUAGAGGAUAUCAUGCCGACACGUCUCGAGUCCCUCCUGGAGCUGGCCCUGAGGACAAGCACAGCAAAUGUGGACCCUUUCAAAGAUGACCUCAGAGUUGACCUGCUCCCCUACGACCUGAUCACACAGCUCUUCAAGAUCCUCACAAUCGACACCAAACUGGAGAAGGACUACAAAGUGGACCCAACAGAUCUCCACCUGUCCGGGCUCGAGUCCUUCUCCUUCGACUACGUAGUCAAGUGGCCGGUGUCUCUCGUGCUGAAUAGGAAGGCCCUGACCCGCUACCAGAUGUUGUUCCGUCACCUGUUCUACUGCAAGCACGUUGAGAGGCAGUUGUGCAGUGUGUGGAUCGGCAGCAAGUCAGCCAAGAGCUCCUCCCUACAGUGGUCUCGCUGGUACUCCUCCGCCUUCGCUCUCCGACAACGGAUGCUGAACUUUGUCCAGAACUUCGAAUACUACAUGAUGUUUGAGGUGGUGGAACCCAACUGGCACAUCUUCGGCCACAACAUGGAGACCGUGUCGAAUGUGGAUGAUGUGUUGGCGUACCACACGGACUUCCUCAACAACUGCCUGAAGGACUGCAUGCUCACGAACCCCGACCUGCUGAAGAUUGUCCACAAGCUGAUGAUGGUGUGUGUCACCUUCUCCAACUUUAUACAGAGGCUGAAUCAGAGCACGUCUGUGGAGAGCGAGGUUGACCGGCUGACCCAGGCUACUCUCCAGGCCACUGGCAGUGAGAGGAGGGAGGAAUCCCAGAAGAAAAAGGCCGCUACCAAGGUCGUGACAGAGCAUGUUGAUCAACUGGCCAGCAGUGAGAACUUUGAGCGGACGAUCCACAACUUUGACACCAACUUCUCUCGUCUCCUGGUCGACCUGCUGGACAAGAUCAUGGACUUCAGUAGCACAAACUACGAACACAAGCUCUUCAACAUUCUGUACAGACUGGAUUUCAACGGGUUUUACACUGAGAAGCUGGAGGCCAAGUCUGCAGAGCGGGUUCGUCUUGAUGCAUCCGUCAGUUCGGGGUCAAUUGGCACGUACACAUGAUGACAUCUCUAGGUUCCUCAGGGUCCUGGCCUACCGCUACCUUCACCAGUCAGAGACCAGACACUGCCCGGUAUGUCCCGGGGAUACACAGGAACCUGCCUGGGACGUCCUGAUUGUUGGGGGGUCUGGGAGAAACAUGGAACUUCUCUCUUCACAAUCUUGUAAAGCAAAACAAGUGGCAGAACUCCAGAUUGUGUUUCAUGACCUUCUAUUUCAGAUUUGUGUGUCAGACAAUAUUUAAGGGCAACACAUCAAGCCCCAAGUAACCAGCCUCAGUCAGAUAUAGUAUGAUGGCCAUGUAACCUUUCAUGACUAAGGUCAUCAUUUGAAGGUCACUAAUUUCAAGGUCAAACAUGUUGAGGUCACACAGAAAUAUUUAUUUUACCUACUCUGAAAUAUGACAGUGGGGUGAUUGGGGUGCUUUGUUUUUUUAAGCAAUAUCUAUCAUGCAGAUUUCGAUGGAAGUCAUUGUUAUGUAAUGAGAAAACUUGUUUGUUGGAUUGUUAUAUAAUGACUUGUUAUAUAAUGACUUGUUAUAUAAUGACUUGUUAUAUAAUGACUUGUUAAAUGCUGUCAGUUUUUCUGGUGGAUAUAUUCAUGUGUGAGUUGGAAAGGCAAUAAUGGUGAUAUUCCCCUAAUAACCUGAGUAAACAUUCGCUACUGUAUAUAUCCCUAUGUAUUGCCACCAUGUAUGUGUUUUAUUGACUGGUACAGAAAUAUUGAAUCUCAGAGGAAACCUGUCUCUGGACAAUAAAACUCAAUUUACUUUUCACACAGACCUUUGCCAAUCAAACAGAACAGAUUCCAGGUCCUUUGGUCAGAAUAUCAUGUUUUGCUAAAAACAAAACCCAAAUGUUUUAGUUGAUUUUUUUGGAUCUGCCCUCAAAGAAAGAAUUAUUCUAUAUUUAGACCAGACAUGAAAUACGUGAGUACAGUUGUACACAGCGUUCAGCAAUGUUGCUGUGAUGUCACAGCUGGAGAUGCCCCAAAUGGCUGUCACACGUUGUACACAGCGUUCAGCAAUGUUGCUGUGAUGUCACAGCUGGAGAUGCCCCAGAUGGCUGUCACACGUUGUACACGUGGGGAAUUGAAAUAGAGCAACUGUAUCAUGAUCCCCAUUUACAGGAUGGAUUGUCAGGUUGUCAGUUUACUAAAUGGGUUACUUCGGUACAUGUCUUGUAUAGAGACAGUAUCAGGACACUUUAGGACACAACAAUGAUCAAAGUACUGGACUGUGUACGACAAGUGUUGCUCCACAACAUACAGGCUGGUGAUUAUAUAUUUCUAGACAGAUGAGAAUGCAUAGGCGGAUCCAGAGUGGGAGAGCAGGGGUGCGCACCCCCCUUUUGUCCUAAAAGUUUAUUAAAUGACCAUUGAAACUCUUGUGAAAAGGUGUGAAAAUAAAGUGUGUGUGCACGCACGCACACACACACAUUUGAUUUCAGUUUCCCUUUUAAACUAAGUGAUUUAUCAUAUAAUCAGUUCAUAUGUAUUUUGGUAUUUUGUCCUUAAGGAAAAGAAGUAUUGUUUAGUUAUGUCCCAAAUGUCAAGGCCUAGUGUUUGAUUGUGUCUGUCUGUGAGUGAACUUAAGAACCUGUGUGAUGACUCCCCUCCAUCUGAACCUACCAGAGGAUGGGACAGCUGUUACCAUGGUGACAGGGAUUCCUGCUUGCUUCACCAUAACUUGUACUUAUACAUUGAAGUGUAACAUAAAUACAUGUUGAAACA